GCUACCAUGUGAAAAUGAAUUGAUUUACUGUAAACAAGUUUCUAUCUGUUUGUUAUGAGAGCUUUGUUUUGCGGUGUCGAUUGCACAAAUCGCCGAUUGACAGAAACGUGCCUCAUACUUUGAGAUUGGAUCGUAGAUCCACCGAAAGUGUCAAACAAUUUUCGGGAGUGAAAACUCUCACACGAACUAACAGUAGCACAGGUUCUGUUUCUCACGCGCAACUGAUAUCCUCAUUGCCUUCGAUCCGUUAUCUGGAAAUAUUUUCAUCUUGCUGCGAAGUUGAAGUGCAUUACAAAUUCAUAUGCAGUUUAAGAAGUUCUGAAAAGUGGAACGUGAGAAUUUUGUACAGUUUUUAUCAUUUACAAAGGUACUGCUCUGUAAUAAACAUCUAUGGAUACUGCAGAUUUUGAUAUUAUGCACCAUUCAAAAACCAUCAUCCAUUUGGAUGUUGAUUGCUUCUAUGCUCAAGUGGAAAUGAUUAAUCAUCCUGAAUUAGAGGGAAGGCCAUUAGGUGUGCAGCAAAAAAAUAUAGUGGUUACUAGCAACUAUCUGGCAAGAGAAUAUGGAAUAAAAAAAUGUAUGUCAGUGCAAGAAGCUUUGCGCUUGUGUCCAGAGCUAGCUUUGGUAAAUGGAGAAGAUUUAACAAAUUAUCGUCAUUAUUCGACUAAAAUAUCUGAAAUUUUGCAUCAGUUUACGCCAUUAGUGGAAAGACUGGGCUUUGACGAUAAUUUUCUUGAUGUGACAUCAAUUGUAGAAAAACAGCUCAAAUCUCAGAAUGAUACAGAACUUGAUAUGAGCAACUCAAGUACAGAAUUUGAAGAUUUAAAAGAACUAAGCAAGAUAUUUGGUCCUUCUGAAGAGGAAUGUCCAUGCGGUUGUCAUACACGCUUGAUUAUUGGCUCGAAAAUAGCAGCUGACAUAAGGAACCGCAUUUACGAAGAAUUACAUCUUACGUGCAGUGCUGGAAUAGCACACAAUAAACUUGUAGCUAAAUUAGCAGGAUCGUUAAACAAACCAAAUCAACAGACAUUAAUCUUUCCUUGCAGUGGUCCAUUAUUGCUCUCGACGAUAGGUUGUGUAUCCAAGAUACCUGGUGUUGGACAAAAGACUACAGAAUUAUUAUUAUCAAACAAUAUAAGGACAGUUGACGAUAUACGUCGAAUACCUUUAGAAAAUCUGGAACUAAAAAUUGGCAUUGAUCUAGCAAGACGACUGAAAGACAAUGCAGAGGGAAUUGAUGAGACAGCAGUAAAACCGUCUGGAAAGAAACAAUCCAUAGGUCUGGAAGACGGAUUCAAAAGUGUGUCGCUGGUAGCCGAAGUAGAGUCACGAUUAGGUGCACUAUUAAGAAGAUUAACAGAAUUAGCAAUGGAAGAUGGUAGAAUUCCUAUUGCUAUGAGAAUAACAGUGAGAAAACAUGAUUUGAACAAACCCACUUCAGGUAAGAGAGAGACUAGGCAAUGCGCAUUGCCGAAACAUCUUUUACCAUCCACAAAAAACGGCGUAUACGAUCAUAAUAAAAUGUUGACACUUGCCAUGAAGCUAUUCCAUCGAAUAGUCGACGUCUCCAAGUCAUUCCACUUAACACUUCUGGGAGUUGCGUUCACGAAGUUCGAGGAGAGAUCAUAUGGCAGGAGUAGUAUUGCACCUUUUUUGUGCAAACAAGUUGCCGUCCAUUCCGUUUUAGACAUCAGCUCUGAAGAAGGUAUUUCUGAAAUGAAUCAGGGAUCACCAAUGAGUAUUAAUCAAGAUAGCAAUGACAGCUCAGAUCAAUCAGCGAUGACCUUGGUGAAUACUGCUACUUCAAGUCUUUCGUGCUCACCAAUCUCAAAAUUAUGCAUGGCAAGUCAGAACACGGAAGAUGAUUUACAAAACGAGGUAGAACCACUACCGAAGAAAACCAAGCUGGAAGUAUGGCUGAGAGGUCCUCGAGAAUCACCAAGUAAUGAAAUGGCUGGUUUGAAAUUGAGUCCUUCAUCACCAAUGCAAUUAUCACCUACGGUGGAUACUACAGUCUUCAAAACUCUGUCCAUUGAGAGGAGAGAGGUCUCUCGUUCUUGGCCCACAACCAGCAAACCAAAACCAAAUAAUAUACUUAAAUACUUCAUAGCUAAUAAGUGACGGAACUGUGUGACCUAGUAUUGAAUGUCGCGUUUUCACAUAUGCACUUGAAUUGACAACAUUAAAUGACAGCACCAUAUAGUAUUAUGCAGGAUAUGGUUCUUAAUUUUUACUAUUUUGGAUGCCAAAUUCUAGAGUAUAAAACAUGUUAUAUGUGACAAAUUAUCCCAUACAGUCUUUUUUCUAAAUUAUUACACAAAUUGAAAUACAUACAAGUUAAAAAGAUUUACAGUGUCUCUCUCUUCAUAUACAUUUAUUAUAGGGAAUGCAUCUAGUGUUUUGUUUCAUUAAA